AUGCCCCUUGCGUACGACUCAGAGUUUGUCCAGGCCUUGGAGAGCCUACUGCCAGGACUCACGCGGUGGCCCGACUCUCCCCCGAUACACGACAUUGUAACGCGAAGAGCGAACAUUACCGCCACGUUCCGUCCGCUCAGAACCAACCGAGAAACGUUUCCCGACGUUGUGGUUGACACCUUCUCCAUCAAGUCUUAUGAUGGCGCCGACGUCGAGGUGCUCCACCUGCGCAAGAAAGAAACCAACAACGGCCUACCAACAUCUGCCAUAGUCCAUAGCCACGGAGGCGGCAUGAUUACCGGCACAGCUCGGGACUGCUCGAAGCCGUUGGAAAUCUACGUCCACCGCACAGGCGUUCAGAUAUUCUCCGUCGACUACCGCCUCGCCCCGGAGCACCAGCACCCGACGCUGGUAGAGGACUGCUACGCCGCUCUUGAACACGUUACCAAAAAUGCCGCAAGCUUGAAUGUGAACCCUGCCCGUCUGGCUGUGCUUGGUGAGUCGGCCGGCGGUGGUAUUGCCGCGGGGGUGGCUCUCCUCGCGCGUGACCGAGGCCUAACGCCCCCCCUCACCAAGCAGAUCCUCAUAUACCCCAUGCUGGAUGACCGAAAUCUUGAACCAAACGAGCAUCUCGAGCCAUUUGCCGUCUGGAAGAAUGUCGACAACAUCACUGGGUGGACCGCCCUGCUAGGACAAGGAAACGCAGGAAAGGGCCGUGACGUCUCGCCUUACGCGGCGCCGGCAAGGGUGCUAUCCGUAGCAGGGUUGCCAUCUACAUAUAUUGACGUGGGGGAACUAGACAUCUUUCGCCACGAAGAUAUGGAAUACGCUCUGAGGCUAUCCCAGGCUGGGGUAUCAACUGAAUUUCACCUGUAUCCCGGUGUACCCCAUGGGUUUGACCUGCUAGCAACUGGCACCAGUGUAGUCACGCGGGCGUUGGAGAAUCGACUCAGAGCGAUUGAGAGUAUUUAG